AUGGCCAAGAGACUACUGCCCAACGACGUGGACGUCAGCAACGAAGAGUUGGUUAAGAGACAGCGCGCGGAGGAGGAGGCCGCCGCUGCUGCCGCAGCGGUGGCCGCGGACCAGAGCAACAUCGACGCGGAACUGUUGAAGGAGAAACACGAGGACGAGGACGACGCGCGCGUUCAGCAGCAGCAGCAACGCCAUUUGCAACAGCAACAACAGCACCAUCUUCAGCAACAGCAGCAGCAGCAGCAACAACAGCAACAACAACAACAGCAACAGCAGCAACAACACCACCAUCAGCAUCGUCACGCAGACGAGGACCACGAAAACACAGCAGCGGCCGCCGCGGCGGCCGCUGCCGUCUACGGAGGGCUCAUGAACGCUCAAGAGGAGGCCAACAACGAACUACAGCACCACCACCAUCAUCAGCUGGCCCAACACCACCACCAGCAACAACAACAGCAGCAGCAACAGCAGCAGCAGCACGCUGGAAGAGUCACCGAAAACGACGACGACGAAGAAGACGUGGAUGAAGACGACGAAGACCUCAAACACGGCGGCAGCGCCGCCGCUGCUGCGGCUGCAGCAGCUCGUCGCGGUCGCAAACCGGUUCCCGUCACAGGCUCCGAAGAAUGGCGUCAGCAGCGCAAGGACUCCCACAAGGAAGUGGAACGUCGUCGUCGUGAAAAUAUCAACACCGCCAUCAACAAGCUCAGCGACUUGUUGCCAGUCAAGGAGUCCAGCAAGGCAUCGAUCUUGCUGCGGGCUGCAGAAUACAUUCAGAAAUUGCGCGACACGGAAAACGCAAACAUCGAAAAAUGGACCCUGCAAAAGCUACUCAGCGAACAGCAAGUCAGCACGUUGACCAAGGCCAACGAAAGUCUACAAUUAGAGCUAGGAAACGCGUUCAAGCAAGUCGACAUCUUGAAACGUCAACUACGCAGUUCCGGUAUUUCUGUCGAUCAGGAAGUCGUGAAGCUCGAAGCGGAAGCCAGCAGAAACAAUUGA